GGCCUCCCCCUUCCGUCUUUUCCCCCUUCUGCGCCGGCCUCAAGAUGGCCGCCUUCUGGCGUCUGCGCCGCUGUUGAAUGGCGAAAGCUUUAUUGUUCCCUUCGGGCAGGCGUGUUCUUGUCCUCUAUGGCGCUAUCAAUAAAGAACGGCAGUUUGAAUCGGUGCUGAACAGGGCAGCUCCUCCUGUAAACUCUGGCUGAAAGGAAGGGAGAAGUUCUAGGGGCCAGGCCGACACCAUGGAGCUCCCCAACUACAGCCGGCAGUUGCUGCAGCAGCUCUACACACUGUGCAAAGAGCAGCGGUUCUGUGACUGCACCAUUUCCAUUGGUGCCAUCUACUUCAGGGCUCACAAGCUCGUCCUGGCGGCUGCCAGCCUCCUGUUCAAAACCCUGCUGGACAGCACAGAUACCAUCUCCAUCGACGCAAGCGUGGUGAGCCCCGAGGAGUUUGCCCUCUUACUGGAGAUGAUGUACACUGGCAAACUGCCUGUGGGCAAGCACAACUUCUCCAAAAUCAUCUCGUUAGCCGACAGCCUCCAGAUGUUUGAUGUGGCCGUGAGUUGUAAAAAUCUUCUGACCAGCCUUGUAAGCUGCUCUGUCCAGGGUCAGGUGGUGAGAGAUGUCUCUCCGUCAGCCUCUGAGCCGUCCAGGAAGGGAUCGGAGAAGCCUCAGGUAGAAGUUCCUUCCUCAGAAAGUGCUGCGGAAGCUCCUCCGCUGGAAGUUUCUGCCACCCCAGUGGCCCCUGUGAAAGCUGAGGCAGAAGAAGCAGCACCAGCAGCUCCUCAGGGGACAAGCAUGGACCCUGCCAGAGUUCAGGAGGUUGAGGGCGAUGCUGGAACCCCAUCGGAGCCUCCUGCAACAGCUGAAGUUUGUUCCCCAACUCUUAGUGUACAGAGCUCCAGUGUAGCAGAGCGGGUGAGCACAGAACCAGAGUGUAAGAGGAAGCAUUGUCAGCUGGAUUUCCUUCUAGAAAAUCAAAGUGUCUUCUCAGAUGCACUCUUGGCUACUCAGGAUGUUUUGAAAAAACUAGAAGAAUGUUCAGAAAUUAAAGGCCUGCAGAAGGAGACCCUAAUGGAAUGUCUUGAGGGUGAAGAACACUCAGCAUUUCAGAGAAUCCUGAGUAAAGUAAGAGAAGAGAGCCUGGAUGUUUCCACGGUUACGUCCCUGCUGAGGCUGUACCAGGAUUCUAAUCCUGCAGUCAAAUCAGCACUGUUACACGGAAAGCCCAAAGAUGCAGAAACAGGACAGCCAAGAGGGUGCACGGAGCAGGGAAAGACCUUGUCUGUCCUGUUACUGGAACAGAAAGAGGGGCUGACACAGUGUGUGACACAGCUGAGGCCCAUUGUGGAGUUCCUGCAAACAGCCGAGGAAGGAUUCCUGCCCAGCAGUGAGAAAAGGGUGAUUCUGAAUUGCUGUGAGAGCGGAACACCCAAGGAGGCAAUAGAGAAUUUGUUGCACAGAAUAACCGAAGAGAAGACCCUGAGUGCUGAGAGUGUGGUCAAGCUGCUCCAAGCUGUGAAGAUCGCAUUCCCGAACUUGGACCUUCUGCUGGAGAAUUUGCAGAGAUUAGCUGCAUUGCCCAGCGCCACAGGCCAGUCAAGCCCUGGUGAUUUUGGAACUGAGCUCUUGCGGCGUUACCAAGAAAACCUCUCUGAAAUUUUCACCGACAACCAGAUGUUGCUACAGGUGAUCUCACAUGUGAGGAGCAUAUGCCCUGGAGAAAGAGAGGUCAUGGAGAAGCUUGUGCAACGUGAUCCGGGUUCAGGGGGGUUCAGCUCCCUGCUGUCAGCAGUUCUAGAACAGCAGACCCUCUCUGCAACAGCUGUUUGGCAGCUUCUACUGGAACAGAAGACCAAGUCGCGCCUGUUGAACCUGCUCCUGGAGCAAGUGCGGAGGGAGCCUGGCGCAGAUGCCUUCUUCCAGGCAGUGACCGCCCCAGAAAGCGCUGCCUUAGAAGUGUUCGUGAGGCAUAACAGACUGAUUAGAGAGGCAAUCCAGCAAAGUCUUGAACUCAAGUCUCUCGCCUCAGAGGAGGAGUGCGUGGCAGAGACUGUGAAAGAGAUGCUGAGCAUCCCCUCUGAGGCAGCCAGCCCUGAAGCUUCGCUGAGAACAGCACUGAGUAGAGCCGUGGACAGGUCCAUCUCGGCCACUAAAAUGUAUCACCUCCUGUGCACUGUCCAUAAAUCCUCUGCCCACCUGCAGCCCGUCAUGCAGGAGCUAACACGCCUGGGUGUCCUCACUAAGGAAGAUGGAGGGAAGGAAGCAUGGAGGGUGAGCAGCACGUCUCACCUGGAAGGCAAUGACAGAGAAGGAGAAGAGGUAGCUGAGCCAGCAGGAGACAAGUGCCAGUCCAGGGAACAAAACAGCCAAGGAGAGGCCGGCUCCUUGCCAGAACCACCGGAGAAAGAAGCUUCUGCCUCCCCUGACUCUGCCAAGAAAAGCUUCGUCUGUAAGGCCUGCGACAAAAGCUUCCACUUCUACUGCCGCCUGAAAGUGCACAUGAAGCGCUGCCGGGUGGCCAAGAGCAAACAGGUGCAGUGCAAGGAGUGCAGUGAGACCAAGGAUUCCAAGAAAGAACUGGAGAAGCAUCAGCUGGAGGCCCACGGCACAGGAGAGCCUGGUGCCCCCAAGAAGAAGAAGAAGAGGCUGCCAGUGACCUGCGACCUCUGUGGGAGGGAGUUUGCCCACGCCUCAGGUAUGCAGUACCACAAGCUGACAGAGCACUUUGACGAGAAGCCGUUCUCCUGCGAGGAGUGUGGUGCCAAGUUUGCAGCCAAUUCUACCCUGAAGAACCACCUGCGCCUCCACACCGGGGACCGCCCGUUCAUGUGCAAACAUUGCCUCAUGACCUUCACCCAGGCCUCUGCUCUGGCCUACCACACCAAGAAGAAACACUCAGAAGGGAAAAUGUAUGCCUGCCAGUACUGCGAUGCUGUGUUCGCCCAGUCCAUUGAGCUGUCCCGCCACGUGAGGACCCAUACCGGGGACAAGCCAUAUGUCUGCAGGGAUUGUGGCAAGGGCUUCCGGCAAGCCAAUGGCCUCUCCAUCCACCUGCACACCUUCCACAACAUAGAAGACCCUUAUGACUGCAAGAAAUGCAGGAUGAGUUUCCCCACUCUGCAGGAUCACCGGAAGCACAUCCACGAGGUGCACUCCAAGGAGUACCACCCCUGCCCCACGUGUGGAAAGAUCUUCAGUGCACCCUCCAUGCUGGAGCGCCAUAUGGUGACCCACGUCGGCGGGAAACCCUUCAGCUGUGGGAUCUGCAACAAGGCCUACCAGCAAUUGUCCGGUCUGUGGUACCACAAUCGGACCCAUCACCCUGACGUGUUUGCUGCUCAGAACCACCGGUCUUCCAAGUUCUCAUCCCUGCAGUGCAGCUCGUGUGACAAAGCCUUUCCCAACAGCAUCGAACACAAGAAGCACAUCAAAGCAGAGCACGCAGAUAUGAAGUUCCACGAAUGUGACCAGUGUAAGGAGCUCUUCCCCACACCAGCCUUGCUGCAGGUUCAUAUCAAGUGCCAGCAUUCAGGGGCCCAGCCAUUCAGGUGCUUGUACUGUGCAGCUACGUUCCGCUUCCCCGGGGCACUGCAGCACCAUGUCACCACCGAGCACUUCAAGCAGUCGGAGAGCACCUUCCCCUGUGAGCUCUGCGGGGAGCUCUUCACCUCCCAGGCCCAGCUCGAGGGUCACUUGGAAUCUGAGCACCCCAAGGUGAUGGAUGCUGAGACCCAGGCAGCCGCCUCGCAGGUAGUGCAGGUGAUCCAAACCCCAGAGCCAGUGGCUCCAGCAGAACAGGUGAUCACUUUGGAGGAGACCCAGCUUGCCGGGUCCCAGGUGUUUGUGACGUUGCCAGAUUCCCAGGCAUCUUCGACCGGCUCUGAGCUCGUGGCCAUGACCGUGGAGGACUUGCUGGAUGGCACCGUGACCCUAAUCUGUGGAGAAGCCAAGUGAUGGGCGGGGCUCCCACACCUGCCCAGAGAAGGCAGCACAGCUAGCAUAUGCCCUCUCUCUCUGGCCGUCCUGACUGGGAGCCUCUUAGCCUAGCACCGACGGGAGUGGCUUCACUUGGAAAGCAGACAGAGCACCCUUGUCCUCAUGGAACCCACGAUGUCUGAGUCAUCAGUGCUGACUCCACCAUCCUCAAUAGCAGACAGGCCUAUGGCUUCAGCAUUUGUCGCAGCGCUACCCCCAGCCCCUCCCAAAUAGAGUGAAUG